AUGGGGUCACCUCGCUUGGCGCUGGAAUUCCGGAUAUCGUCGCAUAAUGUCUUCAUACAGAACAGAUCGCAUUCGGGGAGGGAGAUUGCCCGAAUCAAGACCAAUCGACGAUGUUGUUAUUUUGGAUAUACGUCUUCUAGAUCUCACCUUCCAACAUCAGCGACAUUACCAUCUGAAAACCGCAUGGGACCUCGACCAACCGCCCUAGAAGAAGACCAGCCAAAGACUCGACCGAUGUCGAAACCAUCAAGAUCGUUCUCUAGCGACGAUGUUGUACGUCCGUCGGGGCUACCACGACUGACUGGCGUUAGUACGUCUCGUAGGCGUCCUUCGGCACCUCCAACACCUACUACUCGCUUGGGUCUGUCACAACUGUCGUCUAAUAACGCCAAAGCGAAAACGAGGGACCCUGUUGUUCCCGCAAUGGAUGGAUCGAGAAGCAUCAAUGAUCGUCCACGGAAUGUUCUUCGCAGAAAAGCAAACUUUAAGAGAGAAGAACCGGAUGACGGAACGACGAUUGCACGACCGACUGUCAACACCAACGUCAAGGAUGUUUCAACCACGAAAGCUCCGCCUCAAGCUGUGGUUCGGCCAGAGCACGAACCCAAUCCUCCUGUCCGAGAUGUGGCACGUUAUCAAAAUACUUCUACUAUUGCCACGAAAUUGCCGCGAACGAACGUGGUCAAGUCAACAGAAAACGGACAAGUUCAACAAAUACCCAAAGAAUUCAUUGGACUCCGCACUGUGAUCAACACCAGCAACCUUCCUCCUCCAACUCCUAUUUUUCCGUCGGCAAGCAGCCCUUCGACUCGCUACUCAGGGUCCCCCGGUAUGUGGAGUAGUCGAGGGUCUACUCCAACCUCUCUCUCAUCGUAUUCACCCGGCAUCACUCAACCAACAAAUUACAGGUUCAAGCAGCAGAGUCCCGUUCAACUACGUCAGACAGCCGGCCUCCGAAUGACAACCACACCACCUGUAUCGCAGAUAGACUCUGAAGAACCUACCAUGCUUGGUCCGAUAGCUACUGAUGAUUAUGCAAGAUCUGCACUUGCUGAGAUUGCUUCAGCGGAAAGGACCAACGAGGCAUUGGCACCUACGCCAAUAGCUUCAUUUGAACAAUCGCAACCCUCUCAAACAACGCAAAGCAAUAGCGUUGACGAACAACAGCAUGACAUUCCUAACCCACCAGCUUCGAAAAAUACCUUAUUAGCAUCACCUAACUUGGGAAGCAAUGCUCCAAUCAGACCUCGACGGCCGAGCCGUGAUGGGACUGAUAAGUUGGAACAAGCUGUUUCUCCAGUAAUCCGGAGCAAUUUACCUGGCCUGCGGACAAAUCCCGGCCACACACGUCGAGCAUCGGCAGACAAAGUGAGCUCCCCAGAGCUGUUGCGUGUGAUUCCUGUUCGAUCAGCUGCGACUUCUGUGGAAUCACUUCAAUCUAAUGCCUCGAGCCGUAUCCCCUCUCGCAGUGACACCACGCCUCAGAUCCCACGGAAAGCACCACGGACACUGGUCAAGGUCCCUAAAGAGUCUAAGGGGUCAGCCAACGCAACUUCACCGAACAAGUUCAGUCUAUUCAGCAAGAAAUCCAAAGCAGAACUGACUUCGUCUAAGCCAAGUACAGCAGAAAAGACGUCUCGCAAGGGACCGACGGCUGGUACUGGCCAUGAAGGUUAUGGCAAGUAUGCUCAUCGAGGACGCAAACCGAGCAUCAGUGGCAACAGCAACGAUGUCAGAGCACGGUCUACGAGUUCUAGCGAUGUCACAUCAAUUUCCGCCAACAAGGGCUACAAUCGCCAAGAACCAGGUAUUGAUGACUUUCUUCGUGAACGGCUAGAACCUGUUAUCAUCAAUGGAGGUGGCAUGGAUCGUGACGAGCUUUUCCGAACCCAGAGCGGCCAGAGUUUGAGUACGAUGAGUGUCACAUCAGCCUCUGCUUCUUCGACUGUCAAUGGCGGUCCUAUAGCAGGAGGAUACUCCUCCGAGUCUUUGAUUUCAUCAAUCGAUCAGAACAAACCGGCUGUUAGGAUGUUUAGUUCAGAUACCAGCCUUCCUUCUCAACUUGGCAAUAUGAAGCAAAUGAAACCGAAGAUAACACGAAAUGAGUCUGCACCUGCUCAAAUUGUGAGCAACAAGAAAAGAUUACCGAGUACACAAGAAGUUUCAAGAUCAAGCGAAGACUCAAACUUUUCUGCAUUGCCGCAAAUCAGCAAAGUGGUUUCCAAAUCAGAGAGCAUUGGUUCAACGAAGAUUUCAACAACAAAACCCAGCCGGAGAUGGAACUUCUUUCACAGGAGCCAGAGGAAUGAACCAAAGCAGAAGACUCCGGUGUCUGACAAGAACACAGUCGUUGAAACGCAGCUUCCGGCGCAAGUUGCUACUCUUCCCAAGACUCGACCUGUCGCUCAUUACGCGCUUCUUGAUGCUGAUUCGGAUUCGCUGGAAGAAAUAUUGCAUCGUGUGGAAGAAUCUCCUCCAAGCGAUGACGAGGCUUUCUUGAAACUCCACGACGAAACCAACUCCGAACUGUCUUUGACUGCACGCCACGGGACAAGUGUAUUGCUUCCGUCACCCCCUGCUAUCUGGAAGGAGUUCAACGCUGAGCGUGCCAGUCCUCCGAAGAAUAGACCAGCCAGUCCAAAGGUCUUCUUUCAGAAGGAGGAUGAAGGUCCAGAGAAGGAGGGAAAGAGGCGUAGCAGAUUGGCACCAGUUGGACGUAUACCGCGCGUCGUUUCCAGGAGAGAUCGAGAUCAUAAACCCCCUGCUCAGUCAUAUUCGCGACCCUUUAGCCGUGAUGAGGCACCUUCUCUGACGAUCACCGCUGGUGCCCAGGCGAAUGUUCCGAAUGUUUUUGGCAGGUCGAAGCUUAAUAUCGAGACAGAUCCUCUUUUACAGGGACCAUUCUACACAGUACCCAACGAAUCAGGGCCUUUCAGCGCUCCGGCAAUCAGUGAAAGUGCGAAGUUCAUGUCAGGUGCAUAUGCAACCAAUGAGUUCUUGCAAUUUUCUCCUCAAAAGCAAUCCGAAGUCUCCAGCUCAACAUCUGAAGGGGAUUCCAUUCUUGCAACUGUAGCUGCCAUGGGAAAACCCAAUACCGGUGUGGAUGAAGAGGACAUAUGGGCCGAAUACGAUGAUCUUUUGGAUACCAUGUUGACGCCUAAUAAAAAUACAGUGUCAGAACCCAAGAAGCUAGGAUCAUUCGAAUUGGCCAAGAAGGCGAGCAAGACUUUGCAAGCGGAGAUCAGUGCUUCAGAUGCCACUCCACGGGUUUCUACUGCUUCUGACACGCCCAGUCUUGCUAUUGCAGAUGCUACAUCGCCUGAUCGGUCAAGCGACGCAUCAGUACGCCUACGGCGGUCUAAGAUUGCUGCUGCAUUACACUCUUCUAUAUCCCCAUCGCCUCAGGUCUCUUACAGUGAGCUCAUUGCUGGUUACUCAGAACGAAACAAAAGCCUCUCUGAUUUUAUCCCACCGGACAGUCCUGCCAAGCCCACGGAGGAAGACAACCAACCACAGCCUGAAGAGCUUCGGUCGCCUACUCCAACCAAUACACCUGACUUUGAGACAACUCGUCGGCGAAAUACGAUGUUGUUUGACAUGGCCGAAAGAAUGCGGGAGGGAGCAGCGGCACAGACUAAUCUCAGAUCUGCCUCUCUUAUGACUAGCAAGUGGCUUUCUUUUGGUCGUGUUCUUUUCAGUCCCGCUCAUAACCGCGUUCAGAAGAGCGAAUCAGAAAGCAUCUUGAUUCUUGAUGGGCUGGGCAAUGACGAUUGGUCUUACUAUUGUGCACUGACAUAUCCUAACACAAACAUUUACAAUAUGAGCAUUCGAUCUGGAUCAUCUUCCUCCUCGCCUCAUCCUGAUGCAUGGAAGCCGCCAGCUAACCACCAUCUUGUUCAUCAUACUGGUGACCGUACUGCAUUUCCAUUCUCGAAGGGUUUUUUCUCGGCUUGCGUUCUCAGAUUUCCUGCGGCGUCUUCUGAGGAUAGGCAGAGACAUAUCCUUUCCGAAUGCAAGAGGGUAUUGCGUCCCGGUGGCUAUCUGGAAAUGAGCAUUUUGGAUUUGGACCUGGUGAAUGUGGGUAGUAAGACACGGAAAGCAGUGAGGAAACUAAAGGAGAAAAUCUACAUCGCAGAUCCAGAUAUCAGUCUCAAACCUGCAAGCGAUAACAUUCAGAGACUGUUGGGAAUUUGUGGCUAUGAUAAUUUGAAUAGAUGUAUGGUCAGUAUUCCAGUUGCGGGGAUGAUUGGAGGAUCCACGGCGUCUUCCAACUCCAACAAUACCUUGUCCGAUCUUCCCAGCGCAGGGACGGGUCUCUCCUCACAACCAUCUCUCACAACAAGCUCAUCACAACCUCAUGCGAGGACACCGUCAGAUGAGACAGAACCUUCUCUCGGUGACUUGCUUUCAGAUCCGUCACCUUCUGCUACGAAUGAUGAGUCGAUCACGAAGGUUGUUGCUCGAGUGGGACGAUGGUGGUACACACGUUGUUAUGAGAUACCAGUCCUUUCCGAUCCAACCACCGAUCAAAGCAUCUGGUCUGAACGACGGUUAUUACGCGAAUGCCAAAAGAGGGGCACCGGCUUCAGAUUGCUCAUUGCGUACGCACAGAAACCGAGCGAGAAGCGGAGGACCGUCAGCCUAUAACGUUAUAAUACGAUUUUAACCUUCUUAACACCAAUAAUCCAGCGUUUUCAUUUUUGUAACCUUUCGGACAUGACGAGAAAGACGAUUUGAUAUAUUUCAUGACAACAAACCAACGAAUUUGACGACACGAUAUCUGCGUACAACUAUACUUAAUAUUAUGAAUGACGGGUGAUUCAUGAUGAUGAUUAUGACUUUUUCAGCACUUUCUUCGGUCGCCGGAUAUAAUACAAACUUGGUUUCCCUUAAUAUGACAUUUUCUGGGAGUUUUAUAUGAAUUGAAACCAUAUAAGACGCAUCAUGGACCUCGCGGUCCGAUUCUUCAUGUUUGCAUGGUGGUGGUGGCUGCUAUGAGCGAUCUCACGCGUUUAUUUCAAUUUUUCUCAACUUUUGUUUCUUGUUUCUCCUUUUCCAGAUACCAACAUUUGCGGAUACUCGUCUUGUUUUGCUCUUCUUGUUCGUGUCCUGGAGAUACUAUACCUACUUGAUAGCAACCUAAUUCAAUGUCACCAUA